GUUGACGCAUGUGUGGGAGCGCACAGAAAGGCGGAAUACACGCAGACACAAUAGCUCAGUCGCUAAACGCUGCGUUUUAGCGCUCCGGCGGCAGUUAGAAGAGAAGAGCCAGAGGGAGAAGAGCCGGGAAGGACUCAAAGUGCGAUCUUUCCUGUGGGAGUGUUUAUUUAUCCACCCUGCAACCUCAACAAGAAGACGCAGCCUUUGCGGAAUAGUCACAUUGAAGACGACACGUGUGGAUGGUUAACCACAUGUUUCCUGGGAGGACUGCGGUCUGAUUACUGUAUCAACCCCCCUUUAGUCGGAUUGUUUUUGAAUACUCUACAUCCAUUGUUUCUUCUCUCCGCCCGGAUCUGCUGUAGUGAUGUCAGAUCUUGAUGUCUCUGCAGACCGUGUCCCCAGCCGAACACCGGGUCGCACAGAGGACAUGCUGAAAGAGAACCAGGAGAACAGGACUUUGCUGAUGGUGGCGAUGAUUUUAUUGGACUUGAACAAAUGCAACCCCAGCGCCAUCGGCGCCGGAGGCAGCAGAUGUCUCGGGGGCAGCGACGCCGGCGCGCAGGAGAAGGUGGAGCGGGGGAGUUGCCGGUUGAACGCCGGCGGAGACAGCCGGGACUCGGUGGCACCCAAACAGUCCCGGAACAAGAGAGCGGCGAGACAGGAGUCGCCUGAGAAGAGACACUGCUGUCCUUUUACGGGUUGUGGGAAGAUGUACGGCAAGUCGUCCCACCUCAAAGCCCACCUCAGGGUCCACACCGGUGAGCGCCCCUUCGAGUGCACCUGGCCGGACUGUGGCAAGAAGUUCUCCCGCUCAGACGAGCUGACGCGCCACUACCGCACACACACCGGCGAGAAGCGCUUCAACUGCCCGAUGUGCGACAAGUGUUUCAUGAGGAGCGACCACCUGACUAAACACGCCCGACGACACGCAGGCUUCCACCCCAGCAUGCUGCAGGGCUCCGGCGCGGCCAAGAGACGCCGCUGCUCCGUGUCGGUGUCUUCCACCGACUCUGGAGACCAGAGCCCUGCAGGGCUGUGAGACACACCCACAUACUGUACAUAUAUAUAUAUAUACAUAUAUAGACAUAUACACAAAUAUAGACACACCCAUAUGUGUGGUGUGUACUUUUACACAAAUCCUGUCAAGGCAGACACCCCAACCAGCCAGACCACUAUUUAAAAAGUCCUUCUAUGCAUGUCCCGAUGUGCAGCAGCAGACAGAAUCAUAGCUUUGAACACAGCUGCUAUCAAACUAGAGCUUCCCCCUGUUGUUCCCCGAGGUGAUCAGUAUUUAUUAUUCUGGGUCCGUCAGACAGCUUCUAGUUGCUUUGCCAUUUGUAAUUAUUUUACUUCAUGUUGUCUGAUUUUUUUUUUUUUUUUUUGUGGAAUAAUCUGCAAUCCCAGAGGCAUUCAUGAACAUACAGAGUUUUCAUCAACACUAAGACUAAGAUAUUCCUCUUGGGCUCAGAAGUUUUGGGACUAGUUAAUAUUAUCAUUGCACACUCACACUUGUACAGUUACUCUCCAGGCCAGCACAAGGCAAAUGCACAGUAUAGCAGUAUUCUCAUGUAAAUAGAUCAAACAGACUACUUUUCAGAUGGAUAAUAUACUCAGUAUACGGUAGUUAGUUGUUGUUAGAGGAAUAAGACACAGCUAUAAUACAGAGAAUUACACAGUGUCUGUAUUUAAUUUCGUACAUUUGGCUACGGGCUUAGUAAAUCAGGUAUAUUGUGAGCUUGUAGGUUUAGGCAGCGUGUUUCCUGUUGUGACAUCACGAUAAACUUGCAAACACUUGCACCAAAAUACCUUCAGAGUACUUUGGUAAGACCAUAACACAUAACCUCAUGGGAAAUGUCACCAUUUGUGUUGCUUUUUGAGGCUUGAAUUGUGUCAUUAGUGCAGGAAAACACAACAGGGUAAAGCCUUUAAUAGGUAAAGUUGGUCUGAACACUUUUCUGUGUUAAGACCAUAAUGAUUCACAUUCAGUUAAAAGCGUGUGAACUGUAAACAAGCAGCUCUGUGCCUUUUCAAGGGUUUUGUAGCAGAGAGGAAUUUCUACAUUUUGAACCUUUGGAAAAACUACCUGAAUGAACAUCGUCAGAUUCUUUAUGUUGAUAUUCGACGACACCUUGAAUAUCGAUGACUGUCUCUUACGCCAACAGUGCCAGUUGCUGUACAUUGACUCUAACUUUUGUUUACUCUGUAUCUGGACUGCGUUUUAUCAGGGAAUAAUGGGAUGCAUGGUCAUUUCAAUCACUACUGCGCCCCCUGGUGGUGAUGUGGAAGCACAACAUUUCUCACAACAGGAAGUCAUAAAACUCUUAUUUUCCGUCCUAGCAUUUUGAGGCAUGCUGUUGAUUGGUUGUUUUUUGAAUCUAUGAAUUACAUCAUGUAGCAUGUUUGUAUGUAUUUGUUUGGUACAAUGUAUUUUUUAAUCGUCUGGUAAUCUUUUAUAAUAUUACUAAUGGGAUGAGAGGUCUUAUUCGUCCACUGCAGGAGCCAGAAACAUUGUUGAUGUCAUAAAUUUUUUUUUAUACUUGCCACAUAAUGCAUUUAAAUGUCCAGAUGGAUUGUAAAGUUAGGUAUAGUGAACCCCGUAGGACACAAUCAAUAUACAUUUGUAAAGUGGAAUGCUGUUUUUUUGUUCUGGCAUUUUGACAACUGUGAUUAAAUGUUGGUGCCUUUCAGGUUAAUGCCCUUACUUCUGAUGCUACUGUACUGUAAUCAGGGACUGUCGAUGCAGAGUCCAAGUUAUCGCAAUAUACACAGCUGUGUAAUAAUUACUGCUCAAAAGUUGUAACAUUAAAAUUAUUUUUCUUUCUAAACAUUUGCUCACAUCGUUUCCAUCGUUACAUUGUGUUUCACACCUUUUCUAAAUGAAGAGAAACUGAGGUAGACCAGCGAGUGCUCCAUUAGCUUUGUGUUUUAUUUAUUGA